AUGUCUUCCCUCAUGGAAAACCUCAAUUUCUCUAUCCUAGCCAUUCCGGCCUAUCAUGCCCUUGCCGUCUUCCCACACUUAGCUGCCGUCCUCUACGCAACGAACGGCCGAGUGAAUACCGUGUGGGACAACCGCAAUCCCCGCUCUGAAGUCCUGAAAUCGGCCAUAGCCAAGCGGGUCGACGCGUCAAAGUACGCUGUUUACGAGCGUCUCGAGGCCGCCCAUGCCAACAGUAUGGAGAACAUGCCAAUCUUCAUCGCAGCUGUGGUCUUAGGAAACAUGGCUGGGUUGCACAAAGUCGAAGGUUCCGACGGCAUGACAUGGUUCACUGGAGCCUUUUUGCUUGUACGAGCAGCGUACAUCCUUGUUUAUGCCCUCAACGACACACAGCCAAAGAGCUAUGCUCGGAGUCUGCUUUAUGACAUCGGCGUCGGCCUGUGCUGGAGAACCCUGUUCAAAGCAGCAGCAAAACUGGUGUAG